AUGGCGUAUAUACUCUCCACAAGCUUCGCCGUUCCUUUACUCGUAAACAAUGAACUGCGUGGAUUAGAUUAUUCUCCGAAUGAACUUUCAAGGAAAACAACAAUUACUUCAGCUCAAAAUAUCAUAGGAUGUAGCAUCUCAAAUAAACACAUUUUAUUCAUCGAAGGAAGAGGAAGCUAUCGGCGGUGCUUGAUGUCAUCGGCGAGAUUUCUACAUGGCACACACUCUUAUAAAGUGAAUGUAAAUUAUUGCACUACAGUAGUUAUAUCUGGUUAUUGGGUUGGCCCUGAUGUUGAUGAUGGGUGGGGAUUUGUGGAAGCUGUUAUUGAUCAAAUAACUUGA